AUGGCACCAUGGACGCGGUGGCUGAAACGUUCACUUCUCAGCCUCUCUGCAUGGAUUUCGAUUACCGUCGAGCAGUUUCCUCCCCUGCCUGGCAAUGGAGCUCUAAUCGAACUGCCUUCUCCGAUCACCCCAAAUGUUACUAUUAGCUACAAAGCUGUCCCUCCAGGGACUUGCACGACGGUUUUCGCAACUCAGCAGCAGUUCGCGGGCUACAUCAAGCUACCGCCGAACUUGCUGGAGCCCACUCAGGGGAACUACUCCAUCCAUACUUUCUUCUGGUUCAUCGAAGCCCGGCAAUUGCCUGAGACAGCUCCAUUGUCAAUUUUUAUCAAUGGCGGGCCAGGCUCCUCCAGUAUGGUUGGUCUUUUUCAGGAAGUCGGUCCGUGUCAGGUUGUCGAAAUCGCGAAUGGCCAGUUGGGCACGAGCGCACGAGAUUGGGGCUGGGAUCGAAGCAGCAACAUCGUGUUCAUCGACCAGCCUGCUCAGGUUGGUUUCUCAUAUGAUGUCCUGACGAAUUCGUCUUUAAAUUUGUUGGAUGAGACCACUGUAAUCCCUCCAAGAACUGGCCCUGAUACGCAACCUGCAUACACAUUCCUCAAUGGCACUUUUGGGUCAGGAAACCCAUCCUUCAGCGCGAAUACGUCCCAGGCCGCCGCACACUCUAUGUGGCACUUUCUGCAGACGUUCCUCACUUCCUUCCCGCAGUACAACACCGCAUUGCGCACACAGGCUGUGGAGUCGACUGCUGAGAUCCACCUUUUUACGGAAUCCUACGGUGGCAAGUACGGUCCAGCCGCAGGAGAAUUCUUUCGAAGCCAGAAUUCUCGACGACGAACAGACGUUGGAUUUGCAAAUAGUACCAUUGACGUCACGCUCAAGUCACUCGGCAUCAUCAAUGGCUGGGUUGACUUGUUUACCCAGAUUCCGCUUCACCCAAAGUUUGCAUACGAGAAUAGCUAUGAUAUUGAGGCCAUCUCACAGCUACAAGAGCUGAAUGCCCUUAGUGCAUAUAAGAAUGCAAAUGGGUGUCAGCAACAGACCUCGGAUUGCAGAGCGCUGGAAGCUAACCUCGAUCCGCUGGGACUGGGAAAUGAUACUACGGUCAACCAAGUGUGCUCGCAAGCCCAGUCCUACUGCCAGUCUUACGUGGUCGGUCCUUACACUACAUCGGGGCGAUCUGUUUAUGAUAUCUCCCAAGCUGUGCUGGAUCCCUUCCCCAACGCUUUGUACCUGGAGUAUCUCAAUCAACUACCCGUGCAGGAAGCACUUGGUGUGUCUGUUAACUAUACGCAAGAUUCGCUCGCGGUUUUCCACGCAUUCACCGCGACCGGAGAUUAUGCACGAGAUGGGAUUAUCCAAGACUUGGUUGGCCUGCUCAAUUCUGGUGUCAGGGUCGCUCUCAUCUAUGGAGACAGAGAUUAUAUCUGCAACUGGCAGGGUGGAGAAGCGGUCUCAUUUGCCAUCGCCGGUGCCGCCGGCCCAACCUACGAGCCUUGGUACACUGCAGGCUAUGCACCAAUCGUGGCCAACAGCAGCUAUAUUGGGGGAGUCGUCCGCGAGUUUGGAAACCUGAGCUUCAGCCGAAUCUACGAUGCCGGCCACUUAGUACCCGCGUAUCAGCCCGAGACCGCCUUCACCAUCUUUUCACGAGUGAUUGAGGGCACCGAUGUCAGCAUGGGCCUCCCCGCCGAUCCGUCAAUAUACUCGUCCUGGGGCGAUGCGAAUUCGACAUAUGAGAAUGUGGCUCCUCCGAUGGCAGAUCCGACAUGCUACCUACGUGCGGUCAACAGCACCUGCGAUACAGAUCAGAAGAACAUGCUGGCAAACGACGCUGGUGUCAUCAUCAACGGCGUCUUAUACGACCAGGCCAGUGACUGGCAAACACCAGAUCCAGGGAUCACCACGAGGGCAGGCUCCCCUGGGACACCACCUGUCAGCAUAAUUACCAGCGCUCCGCUUCCCGAGACAGUCUCGUCAACACAGGUAUUGUCCAACCUGACCGGAACGGGAAAUUUGACCGCCAGUAACACGACCAUCCACGUCAGCACCAGACCCUCGAGCCCCAGAUCCAGUACCGGCGGUCUUCCCUCAAGGCCACAGCCCUCCACCAGUCUGCCUACGGGAGUGUUCACGGCAACAACCAUUCCGCCGAAGACCAGUGUCAGCAGAGCAGCCUCUGCGAGCGCGAGUAACGCGGCGGUGUCUUGCAUCAGCACCAGUAUCUUUCGCACUCUAUCCCUUUCUAGCGAUACCCGGCCAGCGACGGUGGCGCUCGUGUAUCUCUUUUCCAUGUUUGUCAUAUCUUAA